CUCCUCAGAACCCCAGGCAGGGUGAGAAGUGCCCUGGUUGUGCAGCUGGAUUCAAACUCAAGUGUCUUUACUGAGAGUUUAGAAGUUAUUAUUGAGAGGAUUUUGGCAAAAUUCCUCAGAAGAAUUCAGUGUUUGUUCUUUUGAGAAUACCAGUUUCUGAGAGGAAGAGCAAAGAGACCUAACAACAAAAACUGAUGGACCAUUAAGUCUUCCAAAAUGAGCCUUUUCCCAUUUUUCUACUGGAAACUAACCUGUCUUGAAGAGAGAAGAAUUCAGUGCUGGACUGUCCUAAAUGUUACUCGUGGUGCAGCUUCAGAGAACAGCUUGAUUUAUCUGACUUGAAGAGGAAGCACAUGUGCAGCAAGCCAAGAGGACAUGGGCUUUCAGUGCAUCUGGAAAAAUGAUCAGGUACUGGGUCCACGUCUCGCAUCUGAGUCGCAUUCCGCUAAUUCUCUGAGCCCCAGCUCAGCCCAGCUCCUUGAUGCACACUCACAGCAGCAUGGCCAGCACUCAGGAGCACCUGAGCUUGUCUUCCUCUCCCAACUCCAUCGGCAAAGCUUUCUGUGAAGAGAAAGACUUCAGUAGGUUACAGGAUGAGCAGGCACCCACCGGAGCCCACCCGUCCCCCGAGCUGAUAGAGGAUGCGCGCGAGAAGGGCUUCCUGCAGUCGGACCUCAUGGAGAACAUCAGCAGCCCCGUGACUGCAGCAGUGCUGACCAGCAUCAGUGAGGACUCCAGGGACCAGUUUGAGAACAGCGUGCUGCAGCUGCGAGAGCAGGAUGAGUCUGAAGCAGCCAUUCCUCAGGGCAACAGGAACACUGUGGAUGGGGAGAGCACUGGCGGGGCGGAUGAUGUGAAAGUGCAGUUCAACAGAUCGGGCAGCGGGAGUGGGGGGUUUCUCGAGGGGCUCUUUGGUUGCCUGAGACCCGUGUGGAACAUCAUAGGCAAGGCAUACUCCACAGACUACAAACUGCAACAGCAAGAUACCUGGGAGGUCCCGUUUGAGGAGAUCUCAGAGCUGCAGUGGCUGGGCAGUGGGGCACAAGGAGCUGUCUUCCUGGGCAAGUUCCGGGCAGAGGAGGUGGCCAUCAAGAAAGUGAGAGACCAGAAUGAGACGGAUAUCAAGCACUUGAGGAAACUCAAACAUCCCAACAUCAUUGCAUUCAAGGGAGUUUGCACUCAAGCCCCAUGCUACUGCAUCAUCAUGGAGUACUGUGCACAUGGUCAGCUCUACGAAGUCCUGCGAGCGGGGCGGAAAGUCACCCCGCGGCUCCUGGUGGAUUGGUCCACGGGCAUUGCAAGUGGGAUGAAUUAUCUGCACCUUCACAAAAUCAUCCAUCGAGACCUCAAGUCACCUAACGUUUUAGUUACACACACAGAUGCAGUAAAAAUUUCAGAUUUUGGUACAUCUAAAGAACUCAGUGAUAAAAGUACCAAGAUGUCUUUUGCUGGAACUGUGGCUUGGAUGGCCCCAGAGGUGAUACGCAAUGAGCCCGUCUCUGAAAAGGUGGAUAUCUGGUCAUUUGGGGUAGUUUUGUGGGAGCUGCUCACAGGAGAGAUUCCCUACAAGGAUGUGGACUCCUCAGCCAUCAUUUGGGGAGUGGGCAGUAACAGCCUGCACCUUCCUGUCCCUUCCACCUGCCCAGAUGGCUUCAAAAUCCUCAUGAAGCAGACCUGGCAGAGCAAGCCCCGGAACCGUCCCUCCUUCCGGCAGACACUGAUGCACCUGGAUAUUGCAUCUGCUGACGUGCUGGCUACUCCUCAGGAAACCUAUUUCAAAUCACAGGCUGAAUGGAGAGAAGAAGUGAAGAAGCAUUUUGAGAAAAUUAAAAGCGAAGGAACUUGUAUCCACCGGUUAGAUGAAGAAUUGAUUCGUCGUCGAAGAGAAGAGCUGAGGCAUGCACUGGAUAUCCGUGAGCACUAUGAGAGGAAGCUGGAGCGAGCCAAUAACUUGUACAUGGAGCUCAGUGCCAUCAUGCUGCAGCUGGAGGUCCGUGAGAAGGAGCUCAUAAAGAGGGAACAAGCAGUGGAAAAGAAAUACCCUGGGACGUACAAACGCCACCCAGUCAGACCAAUAAUCCACCCCAACACAGUGGAGAAGCUGAUGAAGAGAAAGGGGGUCUCCCAUAAACCAGGCAGCCAGACCAAACGGCCAGACCUGCUGAAGUCGGAGGGCAUACCCAGCACCGAAGCAGCGUCCAAUGGCUCACCAGUCUCAGGGAGUCCCAAAAUGUCCACGCUGAGUGGCAAGAGCCGCUAUCGCAGCAAGCCGCGGCACCGCCGGGGGAACAGCAAAGGCAGCUACAACGAUUUUGCAGGGAUCUUGAAAAACCAGCCGGCGCAGGACGACGCAUCCCCCCCUCCACCUUCUCAUCAUUCCCCUCACCCACCUGGCCACGGCCACCCCCACGGCCAUCACUCCCCGCGGCUCCACGCCCACGGGCAGGACAUCGCCAGCUGCGCCAACAACCUGAGGUACUUCGGGCCGGCGGCGGCGCUGCGGAGCCCCCUCAGCAACCACGCGCAGCGGCGAAUGUCGGGGUCCAGCCCUGACCUCAUCUCCACGGCCAUGGAAGCGGAUAGCCGAAGGAAUCUGGAGAGCCAGGAGAGGAAAGCUGAGGACUGGGAGUGUUGCCAAACAGAGCCGUACAACCCCUGCUCACAGUGCAGGGAAGGGGACGGCGGGCAGGGGCAGAUGUCACCUGUGGAGACAGGGGUGAGCCGGUCGCAGUCACCGGUGUCUGCUGCCCUGUAUGACAACGCUCAGUUCAUGGAGAAGAUGGAGGAAGAAGAGGGCUUCAGCAGCUCCAAGUCAGCAUCCGCCCUGGGCACUCCCCAGCACAUGGCUUCCUCAGUGCUGCCUUGCAAAGCAAGACCCCUUCAAAAGAGUGGUGAUGACUCCUCAGAAGAGGAAGAGGGUGAAGUAGACAGCGAAGUGGAGUUUCCUCGUAGACAAAGACCUCACCGCUGCAUCAGUAGCUGCCAAUCCUACUCAACCUUCAGCUCAGAGAACUUCUCUGUGUCAGACGGGGAAGAAGGGAACACAAGUGAUCAUUCGAACAGCCCGGAUGAGCUGGCCACCAAGCUGGAAGAUGAGCUGGCUGAGAAGCUGGAGGACAUGUUGUCCCAGACUCCAGAGAUCCCCAUCGAAAUCUCCACCCAGUCUGAUGGGCUUUCAGACAAAGAGUGUGCUGUGCGGAGGGUCAAGACUCAGAUGUCCCUGGGCAAACUUUGUGCAGAUGAACACAGCUGUGAGAACCCAGCACAGUUUGGAGAAUCAGACUGUGACUCUUCUGAAGGGGAAUGUUCUGAUGCCACGGUCAGGACCAAUAAGCCCUGCAGCUCUGCUACUUGGUAAUACAGAUCUCCCCCAAAGCUUCCUGAUACUGGCAUUUUGAUUUCCCUGAGAUUCCACUUCAUUCCCCUUCAUCACACUUUAGAGGAAGAGAAGAUGCUUCUCCUUCCCACCCCAGGAGUGAUUUGCAAUAACCUGAAUCUCUGGAAAAUGUCCAAAUGAAAUUAAUUCUCUUUGAGCAUUUCAAUCAAGAAUGGCAGGGAUGUAUUUUAUUGAAUAAUCUAGUUACUGUAACAUGGAUAUUUAUUUUUUUGACAUUGUAACACUUUUUACUGUAAAGAGUGGAUUGUAUUUAUAGACACACAGACUUGUUGCAAAAAAAAGCAAAACAAAAAAGUUCAGAAAGCAAGCACAUUACAGAGAACAUCCUGGGAGUCCUGCCUGGACAGCUUUGUGUACAAACAUGGAGGAUUCUCUUGCUGCUUUCACAGGGGACCAGGCCUCAUGGCCCUGAAGAUUGGAGAACAGAUCAAGAAAACUAAACCACUCAGUCUUAUCAAAUGAGGAAGCAUUAAAAAAAAAAAGACCUUCCCGUAGGGUAACCUGUGAACAAAGCAUAUUCAGUAUAACCAGCUGGGUCAUUUUUAAUCAGAAGGUGGACAUGUUCCUGGAGCAAAUUGGUAUUGAGGUGCUGACACCAAGGUCUUCUGAGUCAAGACAUCCCCAGGAAUGUAAGAAUGGGUUUUAUUUUCAGGAUUUUUAGUUUCUUUUUUAGUUUUUUUUUUUAAUCAGCGUUUUGUUGUGAGAUCCUGCAAAUGUAUUCUAACCUCAUCCUCUCCAGAGUUGGUAUAAAAGCACUUCUUAACAUCAUCCUUGCUUCACUCUGGCAGCGUUGAGCAGGGAAGCCUCUUUCAGACACAGCGUGCCAUUUCCCAGUUUGCUUCCUCCUCUUACCUCCUGUCUGUUUCAGUCAGUCAGAGAAAUCAAUCAACAAAUCAGUGUUGGAAAAGCAAGGACUUGCAAGCGGUGGAUGGCACAUUCUGCAGAGCUGGAGCUCUCUUCUGGGGAGGAAACUGGAGCUGCCUGGACUGGACUUGGAGAAGCAGUCUCUCACCUACGACAGCACCAAUAUAACCAGCAGAGAGCUGUGUGUUGAGGGGGCAGACUGGGAGUCACUGGCCUGGAUGAGAGCAUCAGCCCCGCUCUGUCUCCUCAUUCACUGUACGUUCUCGAAAGCGUUGACAGCUGCCUGCCCUCCACGUCAGGCUUUGUGCAAAACAGGUUGCACGGGGAUUCUUGGUUGUGGCUGUGGCACAGCUGUGUCUCAGCUGUGCCCUGGGGCCUCCCUUUCUCCCUCAGGCUGAACCUCUGCAGGUGGAAGUGAGGGUAGUACUGGGGUGUGACAGGCAGAUGGGAAAAAUGUUUUCUGAUAGAACUCAUAGUGCCUUCCCUUCAAACACUACUCUUCUAAGUCAAUAUUUAAAGAGAACAAAACACUAGAGCACGUUUCUUUUCCCUCUUCCCCCUGCUUUAGUUGAUGUCCCCCUGCAAAAGCUUUCCCUUUGCCCUUCCUGACGUGCUGGCUGGCGUGGCCCUGUCAUGCGUGUGGCCCUGUCACACGUGUAGCCCUGUCACGCCACACACGUGGCCACCUUGCAGGGUGCUGCCCUGCAGUCUGGUGCAUGCCAGCCUGAGAUGAACGGCAGGAACUGGACUAUGGACAGGUACUUCUGUUGCUUUGUUUGUUUACAUUUUGUGUUAAAAUAUUUGGUUUGAAUUUAACUGUGGUAAUUUAUAGCCUCACGGCAAAAUGAAGGAAAAUGUCUUACUUAUGCAGAGAGCAGUAUUGUAUGAGUUAAAUUAUCCCAUAUUUUUAAAUUUUUGUAGCUGGACUACACACAGAUCUUAAGUUAUGUUAUUUUAUUAUUUAUUCUCAUUUCUGUAGAUCAGAAGGUUGGUUUCAGUGCUAGCACAACUGUAAUCUCUUUGUGUGACGUUCCUUCUCCCCGGUGGCUGGGGGGAUGGGAACAGAGCUGGUCUCAGCAGCUCUCAGUGGCUGCUGCCUCUCCUGAUCUCCAAGGAUGCUGUUAGACCAGGGCAGAGAACCUCUCAGGGCUGGUCUGAGAGGGAUGGAUGCAGUCAGCCCCUGGGCCCCCUGGUAUUCCUUGGGGUCAAAGCUGUGCUUUGCUCCUGUUGCAGAGGGAGAUGGCAGCCCCUGGGCUGGUGGGGAGUAGUGAUCAGGGGGACAGUGGCUUCUGAUUUGAUCACAAAGUGAGUAACCAUCAUGAGAUCCCUCGAUAAGAGCAUCCUAAAAGGACAAGCGGAGAGGAAGGCAACUGCUCUGGGAAGCAGGUGUGAGAUCAGGGGUGGCCAGCAGUGGAUCCACUGGUGGGUAGGUCACCCGUGUAGGACCAAACAGGCUGCUGGAGAGGGAGAGACCAGCUCACCCCACUGGCAGCAGCAGUUCAGCUCUGGGGAAAGCAGAAUGCCUUGGGGAGUGAAGCUCUUUGCUGGCUUGUUUCUUGUUUCCUCUCUUUUCCCGUCCCUCAUUCCUCUUCCCAAAUGUUCUCUGUCUCUUGGCCAGUGACAGGAGAAGGUGGCAGGGCCAGAGGUGGCUUUGCUGUUGUGGUGUGAGAGGAGUUUUGGUAUGGCAGAGGUGGUGCAGAUGGUUUCUCCGGAGGCUGGGGUGCAGGAAUUUAGCAGUGGAAGAACUGUGUGCACGUUACAUACCCACACAAGCAAGACCAAGCAGUUGCCUCAAGAGAGGCUGAGAACUACCAUCAAAUGUCCCCCUAGCAGUGGCUGCCAGGCCCCGUGCCCCAGAGAGACUCUGCUGCUCAGGUUUGGUGGGAUGCUGAGCACAGACAGUGCUUUAUCACCCCCUGUCCAUGGCCCUGCCCCUGGCCAGCAGUGCUCUCCUUGGGCAGCCCAGAGCUGCCUCUCUGCAGGGACUCCAGCCUGCCAUGGCUCAGGCCUUCUUAAAAAGAUCCCCAGAGGGGGUUUUGUAGCUGUGGGCUCUCCUUAGAGCUCCUCCACCAUGUGCUGAGGUCCCUCUGGACCUGCAGAGGAGCUUUGAUGUGUGGGGUUUUGGGACCCUUCUGGGCCAGCUGUCCCAGGUGUGUACUUAUUCCUCCUUGUCCCUGCCUGGGGACACGCUGGCCCCUGCUGCAGCCUGGAAAAGCAGAGCUGAGCUCUUCAGCCCGCCGGUUGCCACCUUUAGCUCUAAUUUCUCUACACACCUGGGUGACUGCAUUGUCCAGCAGCCCUCAACUCUCCCUCUGGGGCUGUCCCCCUUGCCUGCACCCCUGGAGGUGUGAUCCCAGCCUCCCACACACACCUCCCACCCUCACCCGU